AUGGAAGAAACACAGCAAUCUCGGAAAAAACUCAUCAUAAAAAUCUAUUCUUCACGUCCUAAGAAUCGUGAAGGAGUGCGCGAAUUGAAGAAUAAAAAGGGAUAUUAUGCAGAAGCCAUAUGGAUUGAUGUGAAAAGUGCAUCAAAAUCUGGUGAAAGUAAUGAAAAUAUGAAGAGAAAGAAGAAGGAAAUGGUGCAGAAAGAGUGGAAGAAAGAAAAGGUAGAAAAUGCAAUGAUGAGAAUGGACAGUUGCAAGAAGAUGCAGUGUUGGACGAUGAUGAAGCGUUUGAUGGUGGGAAGACAUGCAUGGGUUUUAAAGAAGAAUGAGCAAAACAAAAAGGUAAUGAGUUUGAAGGAUAUUGAGUUAAAGCUAAAAAGGUUGGAGUAUUCAAAAGUUGAUGACUUUGCAUAUGACAUGAGGAAUGUCUUCUCUUAUCCAUUGGGGUAUCCUCCAAAGAGUGAGAUUCACAAAAUUGCAAGAGAGAUUACUCAUGAUUUUGAGUUAAAGUGGAAAACUAUGAAAAAGAAGUGGAUAUUAGAAAAACCAAAUUUGUAA